CGACGUCAUCACGAAACGGCCGCCAAGUCGUUUUGGCCACAACGGACCUCAAGGGUUGGCACGAGUCACCGCCGCCGUCUGUCGACAUGGAAGCUGGGACUGUGCAGCUGCCGACUCGGCGAAUCACUGUAUACGACAACCCAGAGCGCGUGCAGCGACUUCGAGCCAAUGCCGCCCACGACCUCAAACGAUCAGCCUCUAAAGAAGUCGUUGAAAUGGUUUGCCUUUCCAUUGGCUUCGCGUGGCUUGAUGUAUGGGACUGGUUUUGAUGGUUGUAGAUCAACUACAUUGUGUUCCUUGGCUUGUUCCUCGCCGCAACUUUCCAUGGCCGCAACGACAACUCGUUUUCAACUCGGGUUGCAUACCUGUCGCAGCUACAAGACAAACCCCUCGCGCACGCGUCGGCGUUCCGGUCGUUCUACACCAUGUCGUCCAUUCGCGAGCUCCAUGACUACCUCCGCGGACCGUUUUACGACACGAUUUACCGCGCCGGGUCUUUCGACGGGGACACCAACUUCCCCAAGGGGAGUUAUUACAACGACAGGGGCUACCUCGCAGGUUACGGCCGCAUCGUCGGCCCCAUUCGAAUAGGACAAACUCGAGUGCAAGGCCAGAAUUGCACGGGGGCCCUAGCCCUCGUCGUCCCGCCCCUAUUUCCACGGGGUUGCUAUCCAGAACUCACGACAGCCACCGAAAGCCUGGACGCGUUUGGCGCCCCGAACGGCACAGUGUACUUUGCACGGACAGCCAUGCCGAGCGAACCGUAUUUUGUCACCAAGAGUGCUCGGGUGUACGGGGCGCCCCGGUUCGUCUUGGAGAUUCCGUCGGCGGAACCUGCCGACACGUGCGACGACGCGACCAAAGUCGGGUGUCCCGUCUACGACCAGCUUGUGUCGCUGGCCACGCACAAAUUUGUGGACGUGGCGACUCGCGUGUUGUUUAUCGACUUGACCACGUACAACCCUAACACGGACGAACAGACGUCUGUGCGGCUCCUGGUCGAGUUCACAAAGGGCGGGGGGUUCACGCCCCAAGUCGAAUGCAUGAGCUACCGACUGUAUCGCAACAACACGACGUCUGACAUGGUGCGCCUGGGCCUCGAAUUGCUCGUGUUGUUGCUCGUGGUUGUGCAACUUCGUCAAGAAUUCCAGCUCAUGCGACGGAUGAAGUGGGUGUAUUUGAGCAUGGUGGCCAACGUGGCGCACGUGUUUAGCCUUGUGGUGUUCGCCCCCCUCGUGGCACUCCGAGUGCUCUGCUACAUGCACUUGCCGUCGCCCACGGCCAUCGACCUCACCGCGUUCACGAACUUCAGAACGUCCAUCUGGUACUAUGCCCUCGCCGACGCCGUUACGAGCUUUACGUUUUUCCUGUCGUGGCUCAAGCUAUUCAAGUUCCUCGCUUUUUUGCCCCUUUUUGCCCCGUUGACAAAAACAGUAACGAAAGCCGCCAAGCAAGUAGCGGGGCUGAUCCUGAUAUUUGGGGUGGCAUUGACUGGUUCGGCGUUGUCGUUUACAAUGGCAUUUGGGUUGGACGCAGAAAACUACAAAACGGUGGCCGACAGUUGCUUAGGGCUGUUGAAAAUUCUGCAAGGCGAGCUCGAAUUCGAAGAGCUCCACACGUCCAACCGUGUCCUGGGCCCACUCUUCUUUGUGAUUUUCGUCACUUUGAUGUUCUUCGUCAUCUUGAACAUGUUUAUCGUCGUUAUAUCCGACGCGUACGUCGAGACCAAGGGCGAGCUCGAACUCAUGAAAGCCAUGCACAUGGACACGUUAUCCAAGCAAGUACUGCACCACAUACUACAUGAUGUACUGUUCAACCUGCCAGGGUGUGGGGCGCGACUGCAGCGUCGAUACGGCUAUGUUUUAGACUCAUUAAAGGCCAUCACCGAAGACAAAAAGCUCGCGAUAGAUGAAUGCCGCAAGACAACCGCGAAAUCCACCGCGUUGCACGCCAACUCUGUCAAGCACGUCAAGUUCAAGCGCAAAGUGAAGCCCGAGAUGGUGCAGCAAGCCCAUCUAAGUAUCGACGACUACGUGCACGAGCUGAGCGCUCUACGGGCAUCUCUGGCCCAAGACCAUCCCCACUUACUACAGCCACAGCCUCCCCCCACGACUCCACAGGAUUGAACACCAGCCUAAGCUAUUUAAAUAUUAACCGUGGACAGUUUCAUCAGGAUCAGGAA